AUGAAAAGAAAGACCUUAUUGUUGGAAGCUGAUAUUAUUCAACAGAUCAAAAGUGCCUUCAAUCUCAACCAAAUUGAAAUCACCGAACUCCUGACUCAAGCUAAACGCUAUGAUCCCAAGGGCACGGGAUAUGUGAGUAAAACAGAGGUGGAUGAUAUUAUGAGAGGCAUGAAACUUAUUUAACAAUAUAGAUCUUAAAUUGCUUAAUAAUGA